UCGCUUCCUUGAAAUUGCUUCAACCAGGAUGUACUGUCUCUAAUCGGCAAUGGGCUCUGGCACACUCGAGGCGUGUUACUAAACCUGCUCUCAUAUAAGAAACAGAAGAAUUAGAGCCGCACACGCUGAUCUUUGAGCCCUUGCAUGUAAAAUCUGUACAUGCCAGUUGUUGUGGGAUCAGAGAAAUAAGACAGAAUGCAUUCUAUUGCGAUCAUCACUCUUCUCAUGCUCACUGUAUUUCCAACUGUCCAGCCUGAAAUGUACUCGUUUAGCCAACCAGUGGGCCCGGGGGGAGGUGACUCAUUCACUCUCUCUGGAGAUGGUGCCAUCACAGCUGUCCGGCUAUGGGAGAGAUACUACAGUAUCGUCACUGGAAUUCAAUUCCGCUAUGGUCCAAUCUGGUCUCCUGUAGUUGGCAAAGAAAAUGGCAUGGUCAAGGAGAUUCAGUUGUUCAAGGAUGAAACCAUUAUUCAGAUUUCUGGAAAGUACACCAACGUCAUGCAGUCAAUCGUGCUCGUCACUAAUAAGGGGCGAGCACUGCAUGCAGGUCAGCCCCGCGGCACUUCCUUCAACAUGUAUGCCGACAACAAGGAAACCCAGCUUCGCCUGCUCAGCGGCCAAUACAGAAAUGGCUUCACUUUCUUUGGGUCACAUUGGGGCGUACCUCAUUAUUAUUUAUAAAUUGUAGCUAACUUUUCCUCUACUUUGCUCUUUAAAACUUCAUUCAAGAGGCCUUACUUUAAGUUUGUCUUGAUUGGAAGCACUACCAGUGGACUUGCACAGAACAAAUGUAUUCAUAUGAGGGCAUUUUUUUCUUUGCUUUUAACUGUCUUAAUCAAAUUAAAGAUGAUUGAUGAUACUUUGAA